AUGGCGCGGCUGCUGCGAUUGCCGUGCGGCAGUUCGCAGGCUUUCUGCGGCCAUUUGUGGCGAUGCACAGUGCCGUCGUUUCGGCCUUUUGCGUAUGGCCUCGGCGCCUCGAGGCCAACCACAGAAAGGGCAGAUGUUAACCUGCCGGCACGUGCUUGGGCGCUGGCCACCCAGGAGGCCCGGGAAGAGGGCGAUGAGCAGGCCUGGCUGGACUUCGAGGACCGGGCGCUUGAGCGAUGCGGCCAUUGGCGAGGCCCCGAGAUGGUCCAGGUGCUGCAUGCCUGCGCCGUGGCGCAGCGGCGGCCGAAACGUUUGCUGGCCAAGUUGGCGAAGGACAUCCCGGACAAGCUGCCGCAGUUCGAUGCCUCUGCGCUCUGUGUUUGUCUGCACACCUUUGCCCAGCUGCGUUCGCGUGAUGCUUCCUUGUUCUCGGUGGUGACGCGGCGUCUGCUGCAUCCAGAUCGCAAAGAAGAGCUGAGCCCAUCUCAUGUCUCCUCCCUGCUCUACUCGCACGCGCGGAUCCUGCAGUUUGACAAAGAGCUUGUGAGGCUUGCGAAGAAGAGCUUGGCGGACGAGCGGUUUGCCUUCGAAAUGGAGGACAUGGCGACAGUGCUCCAAGCUUUUGCAACCCUGCGUGCCGAGGAUCUCCGGCUCUCGGGCCGCAGCGCCCGGCGCGUGGCAGAGGCAGCCCCCGCUGCGCCUUUGCCGCUGCUCGCGGACCUGCUUGAGGAAUCAGAGAAGGUGCCGGGUAAGUGCAAGAGUGCAACAGUGCAAGUGGUGUCGCUGGUGGCCGGUACCCUCACUGGGUUCCUGGUGAUCUUCCGUGACGUCAGCUUUGCCUUGGUCUACUGCGCGCCCCACGCGCUGCGGCACCAGCAGGCGGUGGUCACAGCAUCGCUGCUGCUUUCGUCGGCCGUCGCCCAAUGCGUGUAUUCCUGGCGGCACAGCUUUCCCACAGUCGUGGCCUGCGCUUCGUCGCUGGCUGUUCCGUUUCAGAGUGCUAUGGCUGCGUCGAUUGCGAGCAAGCUGGGCAACGAGUCCGAGUCAGUGUUGGCGACGGUCCUCUGCAGCUUCUCGCUCACCGCCUUGGCCUAUGGGCUCCUCAUCUUCCUCCUCUCCUUCGUGCCCAUCCUGGACCAUCUCAAGGGCGCAUUCCCGCAGCCAGUCAUGUGUGCCUUCUUCUUGGUUGCAGGCAUCGGCAUGCUUCAGGGCGCCCUGGAGCUUGUAAGCGGGCAGCCUCUGUUUGGCAGCCAUGACCUCGAGGCAACUGCCUACGCCCAAAUGGCUCUGACGGUGCUUGUGGGCGCCGCUAACCGUGCGGGCUCGAAGUGGCUGCGGCACUUCGCCGUGCUGCCCGCCAGCCUUUGUCUUCAGAUCCUGGGCUUCUUCCUUGCUCUGGGCCUCCUGGGUCAGAAUCUCUCGGCUGCGAGGGAAGAAGGCUGGCUUUGGGAGCCGAUGGCACCCGUGACCUUGGCGGGUCUGCCACUGCCCAGUGAAGUGCAGUGGCCGGUGGUGGGAUCCCAGCUGAGCUCAAUGCUGUCCCUGGUCGUCAUGCUGGUCGUGGACUUGACGACCACGCUGCUUCCCCUGGAGCUGAUGACGCCAACAAAAUCCCUACAGAUGGAUGAAGAGUUUCGCACUGCUGGCUGCUCUUCACUGGCGGGGGGCGUCUUCGGCGGCGUCUCGUAUGUGUCUUUGUCGCCCACGCGCUUGAACGUGGAUGCUGGCGGUGAGGGGCGCGAGACUGGACUCAUCUCGGCUGGGCUUUGCGUGCUCUGGAUCUGGCUUGGACCGGAGCUCACCGCUGGAGUGCCGAAAUUCGUGGUUGGAGGCAUGCUCUGUCACCUGGCCUUCGGCUACAUCCUCGAUGGUCUUUGGGAACCAAGGGCACUGUUGUCCCACGGAGAUUAUGCCAUCAUCCUGGCCAUGGUGCUGUACUACCUGGCCACGGAUCUAGUGCCCGCCAUUCUGGUGGGUCUGGCUCUUUGCAGCUUCAACUUUAUGCUGCGCUACUCGCAGAGUGGGCCGCUCGAGUUUGUCACCACCGCAGGCGAGGCGGCCAUGUUUUCAAACCGCUUUCGCUCCACCGAGGACCGCUUGUACCUCAAGACCUCCCGAGGCAUCGUGGUCGCCCGGACCUUCUGCAGCCAGCUUUUUUUUGGCUCCAUCGCGGCCAUCCUCUCGGAGGUGGGCCCUUGGCUCAAGGAUGGGCGCUUUCUUUUGCUGGACUUGUCCAGCUUGCGCUCCAUCGACUCCUCGGCACUGGCGGGUUUCCGCAAGCUGCCUCCGCACGUGCAGACCGUCGCAGUGGGGCUGCCAUUGCAGCUGGACACGCAGGUUCGUCGUGCAGGCCUCCCGGUUUGCAUCUUCCAGUCCAUCGACGAAGCUUUGGAGUGGUGCGAGGACCACGUCCUGAAGUUCAGGUACCUGGAGAAGAAUUCGACGGACCUGAAUUCCUAUCUCCUGGGUCGUCCAAGCAACAAUCCGUCUCUGCCUGCACCGGAUGAACCAAGGAUUGAUGGCGCUGCUGUCUCUGCAGCUGUCGCCCGUGCCUUGGGCUCCGGCCUUGAGGACUUGGAGGAUCUGCUGGAACAGGUACCAGUUCGGGCCCGCGAGGUUGUUUUUCGCGAAGGCUUGGCGGCCGAAGGUCUCUAUGUGGUUGUCAGUGGUGCUCUGCAGAUCCAGCAUGGCAGCCAGCGCGGUAUCGUGCUCGGUCCAGGAGAGAUUGCCGUGGAUGUGAACAUAAAGCGUAUCUUCGGGCAGCAAGCUGAAGCUCGCCGCGGUAAACCCGUGUCAGCUGGCGAUCUCCUUUGCGAGGCUGCGCUGUAUGGGCCCUUGCUGCACACGUCGUCGCUCAUCGCGGACACGCCCUCGCUGCUGCUCCUGCUCAGACGGGACAAGCUGCUGCUUGCUGAGAAGCGGUAUCCACAGGCUGCUAUUGCCCUGCACCGCCGACUGCUGGUGUCGCAAAUGCAGAAGACGGGCGCAUGGCCUGCCGUCGCACCGGAGGUGUUGUCCUCCCGCCGGACCGCCAGCCUGUGA